GUAACAUGACAAAUUCUAUUUGAUACAGGGUCUCAAAAGUCAAAAUCACUAUCCGGUGACGCCGACUGGUGUUGACUUUCAUGUCAGCAAAAAUGGGUUAACAACUAGUACAGGCACAACAACUGGAACCUCCUCGGGUAGUAAAAAUGUACUCGUAGUAUGUUUGGAUUUCUCAAAAGCCCCGAUUUAUUGGGAAUUCAUCAAGAUAGCUGAUCAGGUGUUUACGAAGAGGAAUUACAAUAUGGACUGCAUUGAUAUGCUACAAGCUUUGCAGAUAUGUUUUAAAAAUCUGUUUAAAGAAAGGAUAUUAGCAUCAAGUUCAAGUAAUAUUUUCCUUGCUUCAGUGGAUAUCCAGGAGAAGCUCUUUGGGAUCUCUUUCUACCUGUCUCGCAAUGGACUAGCUUCCUAGAGAUAUUCAUGGAGGAAGAGAAAAGCAUACAGCUACUGUAUACGGGACGGUACUUUACGCUAUAUACUGUGUUAUAUAUAUUUAGAGGGGCUUGGUGUAUCAACUUCAUUUCAUCAUGGGGCUUAGUUCUGGACCUUUAACCAAGACCAUGUAUAAAGAGUUGUGGCUUGCUUGUGCUGGACCACAAGUCAGUAUUCCAUGUGUAGGGGAGCGUGUUUAUUACUUCCCCGAAGGCCAUAUGGAACAGAUCAAGGCCUACAUGCAUAAUGGAUCACAGCAGCAGCUCCCAUCGUUUUAUCUACCCCCCAAAAUAUUGUGCAAGGUGGUGAAUGUUCAACUUCUGGUUGAACCUGAUACAGAUGAAAUAUAUGCAGACAUAACCCUUUUACCCGAUCAUGAUCAAGGUGAGGUUAUAAUCCCAGAUCCUCCGCUUCUGGAAUCUUCUACUUGCAUGGUUCGCACAAUCUGCAAGACAUUGACCACAUUGGAUACUAGCACAAUUGGCGGAUUAUCUCUUCCCCUUAGGGACGCAGUUGACUGUUUGCUAACACUGGAUAUGUCUCAGCAGCCAUCCUGGCAAGAAGUGGUUGCUUCUGAUCUUCAGAAUAAUGAAUGGCACUUUUGUCAUAUGUUGCAAGAGCACCCUAAGCGUCACUUCCUGACUACUGGUUGGAGCGACUUUGUUAAUGCUAAAAAGUUGGUUGCUGGUGAUGCUUUUCUUUUUCUAAGGGGGGGAAAUGGAGAGAUCUGUGUUGGGGUAAGGAGGCGUAAGAAUCAUACUUCAUCUGCGACAUCAAAUGAGACUCAUCUUUCCAUCCUUGCAACUACCUCUCAUGCAAUUACAAGCGGAACCCGGUUUUUAGUAACAUACAGGCCAAGGGCGAGUCCAUCCCCAUUUAUCAUCAGCCUGAACAAAUACCUUAAAGCACAAAGUUAUAGGUUUUCUGUUGGAAUGAAAUUCCAGUUGAAGUUUGAUGGUGUAGAUUCUCUUGAGCAAAGGUUUAGAGGGACCAUUGUUGGUGUUGGAGAGACUGCUUCAUCAAAAUGGCCUGAUUCAGAAUGGAGAUCAUUGAAGGUUCGGUGGGAUCAAGGAAUGUUGGUAUCAUGCCCUAACCGAGUUUCCGCCUGGGAAAUUGACCCUCCAAAGAGAAGUUGGUGGAGCUGCUGUUGUUUCGGAAUAUCUAUAGUUAAAAAACUUUUCUGUUUGGACUAAAAGUUUGCUCUAUAGUCUGCUUGUUACUACUGCUGUUUGUCUUGUGUUUAAGUGAAUGUAAUGCUCUGCUUUUUAUGGGGCUAGAUGGGAUAUAAGGUGUUCUGUUUGCCCAUAUCAAUUCUCAGGUCCAUGUUUUCUCACAUUUUGUACGAUAUAUUUCUGCUGCCUUGAAAUAUUUUUUACAUCUGUUUUUCAUUUUAA